AUGGAUGAUUUAAUAUUGAGAAAGUAAAUUAUAACUUAUAAGAUCUACAAGGGAAUUAAUUUUUAAUGACAUAAAAAACCCAGAAAUCUUGAAAAAUAUAGAAUAAAUUAAGUAUCUUUCAUGGUACGGAGAGUAUGAUCAAAAUAAAAGGAAAAUUGGAAAGUGGAAAGCUUAUUGGAAUGGAAAUGAAUUACGAGAUGUCGGGGGGUAUUACUAGAAUGGAUUAAAAUAAGGUUUAUGGAAAGAGUUAUUUAAGAAUUAUUGGAAGUAAAUAUUAAAUAAUAAUAAAUUAAUAGCUAAGCAUAGGUAUAUGAAAUUGGAGAAUAUUUUAAUGAUUAAAAAAGAGGGAGAUGGAAUUUUAUCUAUGAAAAUAAAAAGAUGUAUUAUUAUUAAUAAAAGGUAGUGGUUUUGGAUCAUACAAAGAGCAAGGUUUAAAGGAAGGGAAGUGGAAAGAGUUGAGUGAUAAAUUUUGGGAAGGAUCAUAAGUUACUUAUGAUGGUGAAUAUCAAAAUGGCAAGAAAGUUGGCAAAUGGGAUAUUUAGUAUUAGAACACCCACGAUAAUAAAUAGAUGUAAGAAUUAUAAAUUUAUUUUAGCGGUGGUGGAUUCUAUCAUCAAGGACCUAACGAGAUUAAGAUUGGGACAUGGAUUGAAAUAAGUAAUGGGUUUUGGAGAGAUUAAUAAAUCACCAAUAAAGGAUUGUAUAAAUAUGGGAAAAAGGUUGGUUUAUGGGAUAUUUGGUAUCAAAUCAAUUUUGGUAUAAAAAAAUAUUUCAAGAUGUAAAAAAUUAUGGGUAAACGACAUAGUGGUGAUGGAUCAUAUGAUGAAGAAGGAGACGAAAUCAAAAAUGGAAAAUGGAUUGAAUUGAGUGAUGGAUUUAGAGAUUACUCAUAAAUUAUUCAUAAAGGUAAUUAUAAAAAUGGAAAAAAAAUUGGUAGAUGGAAUAUUUUUUUUAGAAAAUAGUUUGAUGAUGAAUAUAAAUUGAUGUAAAACUAUAAUGUAAUUAAAUUUUUUGUUAGCGGUGGCGGAUAAUAUGAUACAGAAGGUAAUGGAAUCAAAUCCGGAGAAUGGGUUGAAUAGAUUGAAAAUUUUAAAUGGGAUUCUUAAGUUACUUAUCAAGGUAAUUAUAAAAAUGGAAAAAAAAUUGGUAGAUGGAAUAUUUUGUUUAGAAAGUAGAACGAAGAUUAAUCGAAAUAAAUGUAAAAACUAUUAAAAAGUAUAUUUAGCGGUGGUGGAUCAUAUGAUGAAAUAGGGGAUGAAUUUAAAUAGGGUAAUUGGGUGGAAAUAUCUGACAAUUUUAACUUUUUUUUUUAAGUAACUUCUAGCGGUGAAUAUAAUAAGAGUUAAAAAAUUGGAAAUUGGGUGGUGAUGGAUUUAUAUAAUAAUAAGGAAAGUGGUGAAAUGAAAUUUGAAAAUGAGAUAGAAAGAUAGUUUAUUAAAUAAUAAUGA